GAGAACACGAACUUGGACCUGACCAUGGUAGAUCUGAAGUUGAUCUAGUACGCACUGAUAUGAAGAGACGGGGUAAAGAUACUGAAGAAGUCACCAGGAAUAUCGUAAUUCCCGAGAAGCAUGAUCAGCUAUACACCAUACAUGCUCUUCAGCAUGAUGUCAACUAUCCAUGUGUUUACGCGCUUCUGCCAAAACGGAGAGAGAUCACAGACAUUUGCUGGAGCAUAGGACGAAGAGCUGCACUCUGGUUUCCCAUUCCAUCAUUGAACCAAUAUCACAGUGUUCUAGAUGACCAACCAAGAAGCAACAACAUAUUGGAGGGGUGGCAUCAAGAUUUCAAUCAUGCUGUUGGAAUUACCCGUCUGUCAACUGUGCGCCUUGCUCAGAAGCUGCAGAAAGAGCAACAUUUGUUUAAAAAUGGGAAAAUUAAACAAGGAGAACUCGAUGAAGAAUGCAAUUCGGGUCUUGGAACAGAGGCUUGCUUGGAUUCCAACUCAGAAUGUGUUAGCGAAAAUCCAGGGACUGAUCCAGAAAAAUGCAAGUGCAAGAAUACACAUGUGAACGAUGGAGGAACGUGCAGGAAGCCAGUCGAUGGGCAAUGCAUGGAUGCGGCAGAAUGUGUGAGUAAUGCCAAUUGCACGGACACAGAAGGAGCAAAAACAUGCACGUGCAAUACAAACUAUGCUGACCUGGACGGCCUGUGCAUUAAACAAGGAGCAAUCGAUGAAGAAUGCAAUUCGGGUCUUGGAACAGAGGCUUGCUUGGAUUCCAACUCAGAAUGUGUUAGCACAAAUCCAGGGACUGAUCCAGAAAAAUGCAAGUGCAAGAAUACACAUGUGAACGAUGGAGGAACGUGC